CAGUUUGAUCAACAGAAGGACUCUGCACGCUACCUUGCGGAACUUAAUGCGUGGCUUGAAUCUUUUGUCAAUGGUGGCAUUUCUCAAAUCCAAGGGCUUGCCGCGAACGUCCAGCAGAUAUCCGAGCAGCUUGGUCUAGAAACGACACCAGACCAAGCAGGCGCUCCAAAUUCCGGACAACCAAACCCAGUGAUCGCACGCGUUCAGGGUCAAGCCGCGAUUCAAGCGUCGUUGGAUGGCCUGUCUGCCCUGAUGCUGCGUGACCUUGCUGGCGGUGAGUGCACCCCGUCCGCCCGCUGUCAUCACGCUGAUCAUCUGGCAACAGAGCUCAAGGCCGAAAUCAAGGGAGAAAGGCUGCGUUUCGUGGAUGCGAUGAAAGAAGCCACCGCGAUCAACGUCGGAAUUCACGUCGAACAGUUCAAGAAGGAACUGACACGCGAGGUCCUUUCAAUGACGCAGGAAGUGAACCGGCUUCAAACCGAACGGCAAGCGCUGGAGCAGCAGAUCGCCGAGCUCUUCGCGUUUUAUGCACGGAGGCAGCAAGCGGGCGCUGUUACUGGGGUGCGUACAUGUCCUCAGCGACUCUGCCCUGGUCAUAUCGAGCGUAGAACCUGA